ACAGCAUCUACGCCACGUCACCCAGUGCCUGCACCGAGGCUGUUCUCUAAGGUUCUUCCAUUACUUGGUUGAGAGGAGCUGAUCAGUUUCAGAGAAGGCAGAAACUUUCUACAGAAGAAUGUAAAAGGAAUUUCUUUUGGUCUAUGCAGAGUACAACCAAGUUUUAAUUUCAAACUUCCAUGCCUGAUAUUUCUGAAGAUUUCUGCUGUGAGAGAGUUUUUCACCUAGAAACAGGCACAUCCAAAGAAAUUUAAUGAAAAGGGAUCAUUAAGCCGGAAGCCGACAGAGGAGAAGCAGCCCCUUUGAGUGUGGAGAAUCGGCAUCUUCCUUUUCAAUUUACAUUCCCUUGAUUUUCUUCAGAUUCCUGUAGGACAUUCUUGGGCCAUCAUGAAUGUAUUUCGGAUCCUUGGAGAUGUCUCUCAUCUCUUAGCUAUGAUCAUUUUGAUAGUGAAAAUCUGGAAAUCAAAGUCAUGUUCUGGUAUUUCAGGAAAGAGUCAGAUCCUCUUUGCACUUGUUUUCACAAGCCGUUACCUUGACCUCUUCACAACCUUCAUCUCCUUUUACAAUACCAUCAUGAAGGUUAUUUUCUUACUUUGUGCCUAUGCUACUGUGUACCUGAUCUAUGGAAAAUUCCGGAAAACUUUUGACAGUGAACAGGAUUCUUUCCGUCUUGAGUUCCUUUUGGUUCCUGUCACAGGUCUCUCAUUUUUAGAAAACUACCAAUUCACUUCUUUAGAGAUACUAUGGACUUUCUCAAUUUAUCUAGAAUCUGUGGCUAUCCUUCCACAACUUUUUAUGAUUAGCAAAACAGGCGAAGCUGAGACAAUCACAACACAUUACCUUUUCUUCUUGGGCCUUUAUCGUGCACUUUACCUUGCCAAUUGGAUCUGGCGUUAUUACACAGAAGACUUCUUUGAUCACAUUGCUGUUGUUUCUGGAGUAGUACAGACAAUAUUCUAUUGUGACUUUUUUUAUCUCUAUAUCACCAAAGUACUAAAAGGGAAGAAACUGAGUCUCCCAAUGCCUAUAUGAAGAUGUGCACCACAGAAGAAAGCGGAUGAAGCCCCUGUUUCGGGAUUCAAGGACUCUUUUGCCAUGUCACUAUUUGAAUUCAGAGCAUAUGUCUUUUUCUUUAUAUUUUGAUUAGAAAACAUUGCACCAAAGGGACUGCAAUCUAAGUAACUAACAUUUCAGAACUUAACUAUUUAGCAUCGAAGAUGACUCAUUUCUGUAUUUUUGUAAAGAAGCAUUCCUUCAAAAUUAAAGAAACCAGAUGAUGAUGUAACCAUUGUAUCCUCUAUAAUGGCUACACCCUUUUCUAAAAAGCUUAAGCUAAAUUUCAAAUGAUUAUAAAGACUAAAACAGUUGUGACCUAACACUCUUUCCUAAACUAUCAAUGUUCCCUUCAAGGGAUUAGAGAAAACAUUUUUUAAAUAUUCAACUGUAUUUUUAAAUAAAAAACAAGAUUUCUGAA